UUCCUGCCGGUCCCCGGCACAUUUUACAAGCAGUGACACAAAUGGGCUGUGCCAGCGCUCGGUGCCCCUGGGCUCCAAACUGCCGGGGCAGGAGCCGCUGGGCACAAUCCUGAGAUACCUUUCCCCACUCCCCUCAUCACGACUGUUGAGCUUUUCUUCACGGAAACAAUUCCCCGUGGUAAUGAAAGGCUGUAUAACAAGGUCAUAAGUAUUAUUAUGUCAAUAUUUGUGCUUGGUUGGGUGCAUUCUGGUCCAUCUUUUAUGGUAUUUAAAGUGCAGAGCCUCCAUCCCAGACUUAUGAGCAGCCACGUGGGACCCCUUCAGCCAAAAACCUCCCCCUGGGUUUCUCAGAUGUCACGAUGGUGGUCAUACAUCCCCAACAGCUUCUCAUUUCUUCUGGCUCCAAACUGUGCAGUUUUCACGAGGUGACAGUUUGGAAUAAUUCUGUCCCCUGCCUGGGUGAGGAGGGGGGUGACAGAGCAGCAUCUGGCACCAACCAGGGCCAGCCCAUCACAGAUCCCUUGGUUGGGAACUCUUAAAUAUUUCUAAGUAAGCAAGGUGCAAAAAAUGGACUUUGUUCCUUCAAAAAUGAACCACACUGAGAAUUGUUGGAGAACAGCAAAACAGCCAAAGAGCUGUAAACUGAAAACCACGCCUCUGUGGUUGACUCCCGUCCUGUCUCUGGCUCAAAGACUCAGUUCCGAGAAAUCAGCCACCCGUUGACAGCUGCCCUGCGAGCCCCUUGUUGCUGACAGGGGUUGCUUCUCGGGAAGAGAAAUGAGAAAAUCGUGGUGAAAAGAGGCUGCCGAGUGCAUCCACCCCACAGAGCCCAGGGAACGUCAGCCCCGGGCCAUGAGGUUUCUGUGCCACGAUGGGGAAGGGAAUCCAAAAGCCAAAUUCUUCAAUCCAGGAAGAAACACUGAACACCUGCAGUGAUCCAGAGAAACAGUGCAAAUGGGGGUCCUACAGAACCGAGUCAGACCGGAGAACAUCCCCCAAGAUGUGUGUUCUCGCUCAGAGUGUGUUCCUGGGGAUCCUCAGCUUGAGCCUGGUCGUGGCACUGACUGCUCUCAGUGCAAGACCCCCUUUCCCUGAGCUGGAAUUCUCCCACGUGUGCCCAGACACCUGGCCUGGUUUCCAAGGAAAAUGUUAUCAUUUUUCUGAGGCUGAGGGCAACUGGAGUACGGGCCGGGAAAGGUGUGAGGCCCUGGGAGCUUCACUGGCCACCAUAAGCACGAAGGAGGAACUGGCCUUCCUUCUGCGCUAUAAAGGCAAAGCAAACCACUGGAUCGGGCUGGGAAUGAGGGAUAACGGCUGGGAGUGGAUCAAUGGCACGGCCUUGAACGGCAGGUUUGAGGUGAGGGGUGUGGGGUCCUGUGGGUACCUGUACUAUUGGUGGAUCAGCUCGUCCCUGUGCCACACGGAGAAGAACUGGAUCUGCAGCCGCCCCGACAACUUCGUCCUGUGGGAGGGGAAAUUAAGAGACCCCAAACCAGGAGUUUCACCCUAGAUCUCCGGCCAGAUGAGGGAGCUCCACACCAGCACUGCAAGUGGAACUGCUGGGGGAACAUCUCAGUUGUCUGGCUGUGAAAUUUUCGCUGAAUAUCUCAAAAAAUACCUUGUAUUGGAAGGGACCUGACAAGGAUCGUCAAGUCCAACCCUCAGCCCUGCCCAGGCCCAUCCCCAGGAGUCACCCCCUGUGCCCCAGAGGAUCAUCCAAACCCUCCUGGAGCUCUGGCAGGUUUGGGGGCUGUGCCCACUGCCCUGGGGAGCCUGGGCAGUGCCCAAACAGCCUCUGGAGGAAGAUUCUUUUCCUGAGACCCAACCUGACCCUACCCUGACACAGCUCCAGCUCUUCCCUGGGGUUGGCAUCCAGAGGGACCUUGAAAAGUCCUCCAGCAAAGCCUUUGACACUGUCUCCCAGGCAACAUUCCUGGAAAAGCUGCAGCCCAUGGCCUGGACAGGGUCCUCUGUGCUGGGUUAGGAACUGGCUGGAAUGUUGGGCCCAGAGAGUGGUGGGAAUGGAGCUGCAUCCAUUUGGGAUCCAGUCACCAGUGGUGUCCCCCAGGGAUCAGCGUUGGGCCCAGUCCUGUUUAAUAUUGUCCUGGGUUUGAAGAGAGAUGUUGGAAUUUUUUUCCCUAGUGUCCCGUUUUCCCCCUGUCCAUCCCCUCCAUCCCCACCCUUCUGUUUCUCCCUGGAAAGGAGGACUCAGGAGGGGGGGAUGGAGCGGAGCCACAUGCGCCGGGCAGCGCUGGAAUGGGACAGGAGGAGGUUUCCUCUCAGUGCUACCUCAAUAACCUUGGUGCCUUUUGUCAUUGUCACCUCAGUAGCUGGUCUCAAGGAGGUGAACCUGCAGGGACAUGAUGUGGAAGUGGACGUGUGCCUUCGUGGACUAGGGGUUUCUUUCUCCACAAGUCUUCCUCAUCCUCUAGUUAUAUUUACUGUAUAUUUACAUGCUAGGAGUCUACAUCCAUAACACUGUAUGCACUAUAUUCAAGCACUAUAGUGCUUGAAUGUGCACAUGUGAAGUAUUUUUCCAUUGCUGAAAGCUAUAUGAAUCUGUGAAUGUGAAUGUACAAUGUCCUGAUUGUGGCCUCAGCAGAGUUACUGUAUCAGUGCUGCUGCUGUGCUUCUCUCUCCUUCUCCUUUUAUUCCAUUUGCAUUAAAGUUUUUAGGACCCCA